GUUUACUAUCGUUAAAACAGUAAAUAAAUAAUAUAAAACAUAAUAUAUUUAUGGCAAAUUGAAAUUUUUUUUGACAAUAGGACGAGUUUAAUGGUCGAUAAGAAAUUACGAACCGUGUUUGAAGACGGAUACUUUAUUAUACUUUAGUCUGUAGGCGACUUUGGCUACCGAUUCUGCUGAUGAAAGACAGAACCUUAUUGCCAAUGUCAAUAGUAAUUUUUUCAUGAACCAGUCAAUGUUAAUCUGAAAUUCUUUAACGUUUGGUAUCAACGCAUGUACCUAUUAUAAAUUAUAAACAAAAGCACUUGGUAUUAGAAUUUCAGUAAGAACUGUAUAAAUUGAGUUUCCAGAAUGAAUCCACAAGAAAUUUCGAUCCCGGUUCCUUGGGGACAUAUUGCUGCCAAAACUUGGGGCCACAGUUCCGACGCGCGAGUACUCUGUCUGCACGGGAUACAGGAUAACUGCGGUACGUUCGACAAGCUUAUCCCUUUGCUCCGACGAGGUUUUUAUUUCGUAUGCAUUGAUACGCCAGGACACGGGCAUUCGUCGCACUAUCCUUCCGGUUUCCGGGUAACGACAGAGUGUUACGUGUUAGCAAUCAAACGGGUGGUCGACCACCUGCAAUGGGACCGGUUCAAGUGUAUCGGGCACAGCAUGGGUGGCAUGAUCGCCAGCCAGUUCACGUCCAUGUACCCGGAACACAUCACCAGUCUGGUGAUGAUCGACAGCGCGGGCCCGGUGCCCGUGUUUCCGCAGGACUCUACGAAGUGGCUGAGAACGGUGUUGGACGGUCUGUUGACGAUCGAGAAGAAGGUAGCCAGCGGAUCGCCGCCGUCGUACACCCGCGAACAGGCAGUUGACGUGCUGAUGACGAAACGACCGUCCAAGUUGACCAAGAACUCGGCGGAAGUGCUCAUCAAACGGUCCCUGGCCGAACGCCCGGGCGGUCGUUAUUCGUUCACCAUGGACCAGAGGCUCAAAGUGCCCUACCAACAGAUGUUCUCGCCGAUUCAGCAUUUGGCAUUGGUGAACAGCAUCCGGUGUCCCGUUCUGAUGUUACGCGCCACGGAUAACCCGAUUCAAAAGACUCCUGCAGUUAAAUUGUCGAGGAAAAUCUAUAAAUCCAACCCGAACGUCCGCGUGGUCAAAGUAAACGGGAAUCACGACGUACACUUGAACGAGCCAGAAAAGAUAGCGGAUUUGAUCAACACGUUUCUACUGCAGUCUGAACGCAGCAAACUUUAAUCGCAGAUUGGCGCUGUUUUACUAUGUAUUAUAUACAGGAUCACUACCUAUAUAUUAAAUAUAUUAUUAUACGUAAUAUUAGUAUGGUCAAUGAUCCGGGGGGUUUAAGGUAUUUAUUUUUGUUUUUGUACGGGUUUUUUUUUUAAAUUUGUAACGGUGAUUUAUAUAAUAUAAUAACGUUAAGGAUAUACUUAUUUCUAGCACAAUAAGAGAGCCUUUUAUCGUGCUAUAGCUGUACGUUAGAAUUAUGUAUCUGUUAUGUUUUUGUUUUUAUAUUUUCGUUAACACUUGUCGGUUUCAACUGUGUACCUAUUAUAUACUAAAUUUAUGUCAAUUUAAUGUGUUUAAUAUAUGUAUGUAUUAAGAUCGUGACGUUUAUAACCGAUUUUCAUUUUCCAAUACACACUAUAUGUAUCCACUGAUACGUUUAUCGACACUUAA